AUGAUGCCGACUACGAUGGCGGCGAAACGUUUGAGAAUGUAUCAAGUCCACUGUCAGAUGCUGGGAAUCAAGACAACUACUACGGCAGACGACUUCGGACUCGGUGCGUUCUACAUAGUCUCCCUUAACACAAGACCAAGUUGCGACAACGAGGUCAACCCACUUCUAGCAGACGACGUCGGACUAGGUGCGUUCUACAUGGUCUCCCUGAAAACAAGACCAAGUUGCUACAACGAGGUCAACCCACUAGUCGCCCUGACAACAAGACCAAGUUGCGACAACGACUCUAGACGACUUCGGACUAGAUGCGUUCUACUAAGUCGUCCUGACAACAAGACCAAGUUGCGACAACGAGGUCAGACGAAUUCGGACUAG